CUAAAAAAAGGUUGCUUACUCCACGGUACGCACGGCUUAUCUGCUCCGCUAAGAAAUGGAAAAGUAUUUCAUAUUUUGUCUGAUCUUUUUAAUUUCGCAAUCGUUCGGAGAAUUGGACGACGCGUCUCUGUAUCCCAUCAUAAUUAGCACCGAUGGCGAAAAGGCUGUCUUCAUCUUGCCAGAAUUGGGCUGCCAUGUCGUGCAAGAUCUCAGAUUAAUCCAUCGCAUCGUGUCCACUCGAGGGGGACAAAAUGCAAACUUGUAUCGGGCCGACGCCUCCACCGUGAACGGAAUUAGCCAACUUUGUCAAUCUUUUCAGAACGAGACGAUCAAUGCGACGCAGUUUGUCGUCUCGCUGAGAGAAAAGUCAAUCUUAAUUUUUCCAGGAACCCAUUUUUGUGGGGCUGGGAAUGAUGCUGCGAAUUAUUCGGAUCUUGGAUAUUACGCAGAGACGGAUAAGUGUUGCAGGGAACAUGAUUACUGCAAGGAUUUUGUGGAUGGGUGGAGUUGUCAUUCAGCGAUGCCGAUUUUGUGCAAUUAUUCGCCAUUUACGAGGUCUCACUGUCAUUGCGACACCAAGUUUCGGGAGUGUUUGGCACAGGUGAAUGACACCACGAGCAUUCACAUCGGACUCUUGUAUUUUACCGUUUUUGGACUCAAAUGCUUUCGCGAAGAUUAUCCAAUCAUUCGAUGUGAAGAGUAUGGGGGAUUUCUCAACAUCCACUGCCAACGCUACCUGCUGAACACCACGAUGGAGAAAACUUUCCAGUUUUUCGACAGCCCUAAAUUCAUGCUGAGUGGUAAGGGGAGGACCUCCACGACCCUCGUCAUGGAGGAAGCUGUUAAAAAAAUUAUGCCUCAACCCCAACUCGAUCAUUCAGUUCACUAAAAAAUAUACCCAAAAAUGGAAACUUCUUAUUAAAAACUGGUCAAUUUUUCAUAGAAAUUGUCGAAAGAAGUUAUUAAGAAGAAAUUACUAAGAAAUCUUUGUUUUAAAAUUUUAUUUCAUAUUUUAUUUAUUUAUUUAUUUAACAAUAAUUAACAAAUGAUUACAAUUUAUUUCUCCAGUGAUAAAUAACUAGGGCAAAGUUUUAACUACAAAAUUUGGUCAAUUUUAUGCCAACAUUGACAAAAACAGUUGGAAAAACUGUUUCAACAAUUUUUUUAAAAAUUUACUAUGUUUAAUAAUAAUUAACAAAUUAUUAACA